CGAGUGACUCCGAGCACCGGAGAGAGACUUGUCGCUGCUGCAGCCGCUGCAGGCCCCGAAGCAGGCGCCGCCGCCGACGCCGACGAGCCGUCGUGUGUGGACGAGUGUUCCGUCGUGUGUUUUGUGCUUUGAGCCGCCACCCUUGGGAUUACCAUCGCCAACGCCGACGCCGACUCCCGGAGGAGGUCGCCGUCGUGGAGCUGCCGCCACAAGAAGAGUUGACGUGUGUGUGCUUGUUGUGAUCGGCCGGUGGCCGGCCGGCUCCAUAGCAGCACCACAACAGCAGCAGCGCGGCGCUCGCCGAACAAGUUUCAGUGCACCGCUGCUGCACCGCGACCGCCAGGACCCUCGCGAGAGGCAGCCCAGGUGAUGCCGUAGACACGGGGGGAGGCCAUGCGCGAGGCGGCCCCGGGCGGCGCGGGCACGGGGGUCUCGGGCUGGAUGCGGGCGCUGCCCCGGCCCGUGCCCCGCCCCGGCGGCUGCGGCGACGCGGAGCUGCUGCGCGCCCUCAGCACCCCGCCAGACUUCAGGACGCUGCACGACCUGCAGCUGAUCCAGGGUGCGCUGACGGGGCUGGACGCGUUCGCGGGCUGCAGGGAGGUGACCCUUCGCGCCGUGAGCCGGACGGCCCGGCUGGAGCGCCACCAGGCCAACGACGUCCUCUACCACACCGGUGAGCUGUCGUCCUGCUGGUACAUCCUCCUGGCCGGCUCCGUGUUCAUCGAUGGCUCCAUGUUCCUACCGAGGUCCAGUUUUGGGAAGCGCACUGGAGGCAGCGCAAGGAGGCCCAAUGAAUGCUUUGUGUUGGAACCCUCAGAGAUGAUUGUGAUUGACUACCCGGAGGCUCAAGGCUACCGGGGAAGGCCGCGCAUUCAGGGAGGAAUGCCCAGUAUGGAAAGGGGUGUUAAUUUGGUGCUGGACGACGCGUUUGGGAACGCGCGCCCAGAACUUUACCAAAAGUCAAAUCGCAGUUCUCAUUCUUCUGACACGUCAUCAGCGUACUCUGGCUCAGACACCAUGACCAGUGUACACUCCUCUGUUGAUGCUGAUGAGGUGGACCUCUCUGGGCUUGUUGAAUCCAUCGUGGAUUCUGACGAGGAGGAGGAUCUGGCAGAGAGUAUGGAUAGUUUAACAGUGCGUGACACUGUAAGGGAAUGCCUAGAAAAAGACCCGUCUGAGCGAACUGAGGAUGAUAUUGAAACACUUCUUGAAUUCACACAGCAUUUAAAAGCAUUUACCAAUAUGACUCUUUCUGUGCGUAGAGCUCUUUGCAGUGUCAUGGUAUUUGCUGUUGUUGAAAAGGCUGGCACAAUUGUAAUGAAUGAUGGGGAAGAGCUUGAUUCUUGGAGUGUAUUAAUUAAUGGCCAUGUUGAAGUUGAACAUGGCAAUGGGGAAACUGAGCAACUUCAUCUGGGUGACAGCUUUGGAAUUUUGCCUACAAUGGACAAGUUGUACCACCGUGGAGUAAUGCGUACUCGCUGUGAUGACUGCCAGUUUGUGUGCAUUACACAGACAGAUUAUUAUCGCAUCCAGAGUCAAGGACAGGAAAAUACCAGGCGACAUGAAGAGAAUGGGCUCGUAGUGCUGGUCACUGAGCAGAGGGGCCUGAUGGAUGGGGGUGGGCGGAGGGGACACGUGGUGAUUCGGGGUACUCCUGAUCGUCUCAUGCUGCAACUGAUUGAGGAAAAUUCAAUUGUUGAUCCAACAUAUGUCGAAGAUUUCCUACUCACACAUAGGACAUUCAUCGAUAAUUCAUUCUCAGUUGCAAACCAGCUUUUGGAAUGGUUUAAAGAAGAAAGUGUGCGUGACAGAGUUACACGAGUUGUUCUCUUGUGGGUUAACAACCAUUUUACUGAUUUUGAGACCGAUCCAUCCAUGAUGGACUUCUUAGAAAUGUUUGAGGCUGGCCUUGAGCGUGAGAAGCUGCUGGGUCAGCUUCGUUUAUUGAACAUAGCAUGUGCUGCCAAAGCACGCACAAGAAAUGUUACCCUUGCGAGACCAUCUAGGGAUGAGCCAUUGCAUUUCUCAAUUUUGGGUGGCUUUGAGAGAGGAUUUGGAAUAUUUAUUAACAAGGUUGAGAAGGGGUCUAAAGCAGAAGAUGUUGGUCUGAAACGAGGAGAUCAAAUAUUAGAAGUUAAUGGUCAAAGUUUUGAGCACGUCAGCCACAACAGAGCCCUAGAAAUUCUUAGAGGCACAACUCAUUUGAGCAUAACAGUCAAAUCCAAUCUUCUUGCUUUCAAAGAGAUGCUCUCUAUGCCCGACAACUCUCCUCGAUCGAGAUCUCGCAACAAGAUGUGUGAAAUUGCCCGCCUUCAAGCUGAUCCCAGAGCUCGAUUGGCUUCUACGACCAAUGCAAACCUGGAGCUGCCUUCAUCCCUGGGGGUUUCUAUGCCUGAUUCUAUAUCUAUUCCUCCUCCUGCAUCACCACCACCAUUGGGUCUCAAUUCUCCUUGCAAGAAAGAUUCUUCAGCACACAAAGGAUUUAGCACAUUAGGCCCAAAACAUAGACUACGGAAGGCUCUCAUCAAAAUGAACAUUUUGCCCAAAAAUACAAUCACGGAUAUUGUUCAUAGCGAUGAUAGUGCUUUCAGCAGAACUCCAAGUGCAAGCACCUACACAGGAAAUCUGUAUCAUAGUCAUAGCAACCCAGACCUUGUAAGCCUGUGCUAUGAAGAUAUACGAGGAACUGACUACCCAGAGCAUGUGCUUAAGGUGUUCAAAUCUGAUCAAACUUGUAAAUACCUGUUGGUCCACAAGGAGACAACUGCACAUGAAGUUGUCAUGCUAUCUCUGCAAGAAUUUGGAAUGACAGAUUCAAGUUCUAAUUUUUCCCUGUGUGAAGUAUCUGUGGCUGAAGGGGGUAUAAUCAAGCAAAGGCGCCUUCCUGACCAACUGCAGAACUUAGCUGAGCGUAUCGGUCUCUCAUCAAGAUAUUAUCUGAAAACUAAUGGAAUUACUGAGACACUGGUUCCUGAUGAAAUGGCUCCUGAGCUUAUUCGUGAAUCUCAAGUUCACUUUCUUCAACUAAACGCUGUUGAAGUUGCUGUGCAACUCACUCUUCAGGACUUUUCUAUAUUUCGUCAGAUUGAAAGCACGGAGUAUGUUGAUGAUUUGUUUGAGCUCAAGAGCCGGUAUGGUACCCCUAUGCUCACCCAGUUUGCAGAACUUGUAAACAGGGAGAUGUUCUGGGUUGUAACUGAAGUGUGCUCUGAGCCAAAUAUUGUCAGGAGAUAUAAAAUCAUCAAGCAGUUUAUUAAAGUUGCUCGUCAGUGCAAGGAGUGCAAAAAUUUCAAUUCCAUGUUUGCUAUUGUGUCUGGUCUUGGCCAUGGUGCAGUGUCUAGAUUGAGAAUGUCUUGGGAAAAACUGCCAUCAAAGUAUCAAAGGUUGUUCAGUGACCUUCAAGAUCUUAUGGACCCAUCUCGUAAUAUGAGCAAAUACAGACAACUUGUCACCAGUGAACAAGCUCAACCACCCAUUAUACCGUUUUAUCCUGUUGUGAAAAAAGAUCUGACAUUCAUUAAUUUGGGAAAUGAUUCCAAAGUUGAAGGAUUAAUUAAUUUUGAAAAACUUAGAAUGAUUGCAAAGGAAGUUAGAACUCUGACUAAUAUGUGCUCAUCUCCUUAUGAUUUGUUGACCAUGUUAGAACUUGGUGGACAGCCGCCCUCAUCUGCCAUGGUAGCCUUAAAUCAGUUGACUACAGGUAGCGGUGCAAGUGGAGGGCAACCUGGUGCGUCAACAGUAAAGCGAAGGAAGAAGUCAGCUGCCGCUCCUAAUCCUAAGAAAAUGUUCGAAGAGGCUCAAAUGGUGCGCCGGGUGAAAGCCUACCUCAGUCACAUGAGGGUUGUGAGGGACGAGGAGAAGCUGCACUCCCUCUCGCUGCAGUGCGAGCCGGCGGGCGCCGCCCCAGGCUCCAACCCGCCCCACAGACACAAGCGCCAUCCUUCUCCGACUCUGUCGACCACUAGCUCCGCCAGCUCAGUGAGUUCUGCCUCUGCCGGCGAAGGUAGAAGGAGUGCGGCCCCCAAGUUCGGCACCGCCUCUCCUCAGGCGGUGCGGAAGAUGCUGGCACUCAGUGAGCCCGGGAAGACGAGACCGCACCAACCGAGGCACCCGGGAUCGGUGACCAUCCCCAGCGGCUUCUCUCCGGGAGCGCUGCGACGUGGUACGGAGCUUGCUGGCAGUUUGGCUGGGAGUUUGGCUGGCAUGGUUGCCAGGGCUAGCCAUGAGCGGUCUCAUUCUGAUACACCAGCUGUUCGUCUUUCAGCUGAGAGCAGUUCCGUCACAUCACUGUCUAACUUGCCUCUGCGAAAGACACUGACCUCAGGUUCUGUGACGUCAAGUGACUCUGGCCAUUCUACUCAGUUGGACUCCCGUUCCAACAGUUCAAUGGAAGUGACUAACAACUCUGGUGCAGCCUAUCCUGUUCCGGGAGGUUCCCCACCAGCAUCGCAGAUCCGGCGUCAUUCUGCUCUGCAAGGCAAGCUUUGGUCUGUCGCUCCAUUUCCGCAUGCCGUGGCUGUCUUGCCUCCCGUUCCACCUCGCGGAGGUAGCAUCGGUAGCAUGGCCCCCCCGCCGCCGCGGCGCGCACCCCCCGCCUACACUGUCGCCGCCCAGAUGGCUCGGCUGCACCGCCUGGGGAGAGCGCAUUCGCACGAGGGAGUCUCUGGGGGCUACUACCUGACCGAGCCCGAGGAGGACGGUGAGUGCCUGGGCUUCAGAUGAUGAGGAUGCUCAAGUAUCAGCUGUGUGACGUCAGGAGACAUUAAAGACACUCAACAUGGUGCAGGAGUAUACCAAAGAUAGCAAAUAGUGGAUUUUAAUAUAUGAUAUGAGUUAGUAGAGUUAAAUUAUUACUUUUAAGAAAGAUUUGGUAGUGUAGCCUUGUUGUGGUUUACUAUCACUACCCUAGUACCUUACAAACCCCGUCUGAUAGUCUAUUCCAUCAAGAUUCCCAUCUUGUGGAAUUUGUUUUGUGUGAGUUAGGACCAAAUUGAAACCUGAGAGUGAGAGCAAUAACCUUUUUAUGAAUUGAUUCCUUAUUAGUAAUCUACAAACUAUGGUGCUAAUGGCUGAUUGUAAGUUCUUUAAUAAGCUUUUAUCUGUUUUCCCUCUUUGGGGAUAUUGUUACAAUGAAUCACUUUAUAAGACUCAAGCUGCAUUUUUUUUGUCUCUCAGCCAAGUAACAGUUGUUAAUGAAGUUGGUAAGACAUUUUUGUUUCAGUGUAGA